CACAAAUUACAGUUCAAGCGCCCGAUCAAUUUAAGACUGAAGCUGAUUCAGGAAAACAAAAUUUGCAGCCCGAACAAGCGAAGAAUGAUGGAACAGCUAAAGCAUCCAAUGAAGAAGAUCAUAAAACCAGAGAUUCGUCAAAUCUCUCCAGUGAAACCCCACAAGAUGAACAUGGUCGAGAUGGAUCAGGAAAAAAAUUUCACUUUGGGGAUUUAUGGUUGGUGCUUCAUCCCUUUCUACACUGAAAAAAGAUAAAAUUGAUGAUUCAGAAAAAUCAGAACGACCACUGCGGCUUGAAGGGGUUAUAGUUGAUGAAGGAAGCACAGAAGCUCCUCCAAGCACAACAUUAGAUAGUACAACACAAACAGGUGUAGUUCGAGAACCAGGAAGCAGUACAACAUGGGAAAUUCUGAAAAGCAUUGUGUAUGGUGGUCUGAUUGAAUCCAUAGCAAGCCUUGGCAUUGUGACAUCUUCAGCAAGUUCAGAUGCUACCACAUUGAACAUUCUAGUUCUGUCUCUUGCAAACCUGAUGGGUGGACUUUUCAUCCUCGUUCAUCAUAUCUGGGACCUGAAAUCUGAGCAACCAAGAACCAACAAUCAAACGAAUGCAAGUGUGGAUCGAUAUUAUGAGGUCUUGGGGAAGAGAGAAAAUUUCUAUCUUCAUCUGUGCAUAGCCAUAUUAUCAUUCAUCAUAUUUGGGUUAGUACCACCCCUGGUAUAUGCCUUCACAUUCUCUGAGAGCAGCAAUAAGGAUCUGAAGCUGGCAGCAGUUGCGGGAGCUUCUGCAAUAUGCAUCGCUCUUCUGUCAAUUACAAAAGCAUACGUCCAGAGGCCAAAUACUUAUCUCAUAUAUCUCAAAACGGUGCUUUACUAUCUCAGCACUGGGGCUAUGACUUCAGUAGUUUCUUACUUAGCUGGUGAACUAGUCAAGGAACUUAUUGAAAAGCUUGGAUGGUUUAACACACAAAACUCAAAUCUUACCCUUCUCCUUCCUGAGAUGAGUGUGGACAAACCCAGAUUUGGAUCUUACUAGUAAGAAUAAAAUCUAAGUGCUUAACUACAUUUUGGAGAGUGCUAUGUUGGAUUAUCUGUCAAAAAUAAUUGUAUUCUGAUUUUCAAGUAUCAAUGGACUCUAUGCUAAAGGUUGUGUAUUAUGGCAUGAGAAGAGAUGUUUAUUAUUUUUUCAGUUCUGUAACAAGGUUGUCAUUAUCUGGGAAUCAGGAUUGGUAAUUUGAGGGGCAAUAUGGUCACUUAGGAUUUAAUUAGGGCUUUGAAUAAAGCCUUAUAGUCUAAAAUUUAUCUUUUAAAGUUUUGACCUGGAGCCAAACUACUAGUUCUUGUCUUCUAAUUGCUGCUAUUGAUUAUUGCAUAUUGAAUUACAUAUAAUC